AGGGCAAAUCAAUGGUACGUUUGAAAAGGAAGUUCUCCUCGAGUAGCUAGAAAUUUUCACGACAUCCGCAUCGCGCUUUAUACCAACUAACUAUCUACCACGACCUACUUCUUCUUCUUCCUCCAUCAUUUUCUAAAAGCGACACAACUUAUUUUCGAACAACAUGGACGAAUCCCUAGCCCACGUCCAGAAGGACCUGGAGCAGAAGGCGGAGGAAAAUGAGAAGCCGAAGAAACAAAAAUUUCGAAAGGAUAAGCCGUGGGACACACCGGACAUUGACAAGUGGAAAACAGAAAAGUUUACCCAGGACGACAACCCGUUUGGAUUACUGGAGGAGUCUUCCUUCGCGACUUUGUUUCCGCAAUAUCGGGAACAAUACCUGAAGCAGGUGUGGCCGGACGUAAAAGCGGCUUGCGAUGAGCAUGGUACUCCUACAAUCGUGUUGGCUUUUUUGUAUAACUGCAAAUUCAUCUCCAUCUGCCACAGAGGUUUUUAUGCAUAGUUGUCAUGCGUAUUGAGAAGUGGUCGUGGUCGAGAGUACUAGAGCUCGUCGAAUACUCACACGACAGCUGGAGCCUCACAUAUUAUACCGCCUCAAUUUUGAUCCUAAACAGGCGUCCGCGCUGAGCUCGACCUGGUUGAAGGUUCCAUGACGGUGCGGACGACGAAAAAAACUUUCGACCCCUUUAUCAUCAUCAAGGCGCGCGAUUUGAUAAAACUUCUAGCAAGGUCCGUCCCGUUCCCGCAAGCGGUCCGAAUCCUGGAGGACGAUAUGCACUGCGAUGUGAUGAAAAUCAAGUCCUACGUAAGAAGCAAAGAAAAGUUCGUGAAGCGAAGGCAGCGACUCGUUGGGCCGAACGGGAGCACGUUGCGAGCGCUGGAGCUGCUCACGCAGUGCUACCUGCUUGUCCAAGGUAAAGUUUGUGAUGCAGAUGCAAAGGAAUUCUCAUUCUAUAGAUGGUGCUACUAUUCCUGCGAUUCCUAUCAUUUUCUGUCCUGGCUUUGUUCGCUGCAUCAGAAUCAAUAGAGUCGUCGAAAUCAGAAGCAAAAUGUAACAAAACAGGUCAAACCUGCUGCAUUAUGGGCCCGUCGCAGCGGAUUAAGCAGGUGCGUAAAAUUGUGGAAGACUGCUUCAAGAACAUCCACCCCGUAUACCACGUUAAGGAGCUGAUGAUUAAGCAAGAGCUGGAAAAAGACCCGGAUCUCAAAGACCAAGACUGGGACCGCUUCUUACCGAAGUUCAAAAAGCGAAACGUACUGGCGAUACUUUUUAAUGUUGCACGUGUAGAAUUUGUUUUGCAUGAGGAGUAUGAAUCGUGUUGAGCAGAUUUAUCUUCUUCGAAAGGCGUAAUACUAAUAGUGCUUGAUUGACUCGCUCUCGCAUAUGAAGGAUCACUUAACUUUUGCAAUACAAAUCUACGCCAAAACAACAGAUCCAGACAAAGAAGCUGAAGAAGAAGGCGAAGAAGCAGAAGACUUUAUUCCCGCCCGAGCAGACGCCGCGGAAAGAAGACUUGCAGAUGGAAUCCGGUGAGUACUUUCUCACAGAGCAGCAGCGGCAGAAGAAAAAGGACGACGAAAAGCGGGAGAAGCAAAUCGAGAAGACGCUGGAGAGAAAACGGAAGCGCGCCGCGGCUUUCGAACCGAGCGAGGACCACCGAAGUGCAAAAGCGACAAGAAGUAAGGACGAGCAGGGCAGUGGUGCAGGUACUGCAGUUUCGGCGUCGUCUUCUAGACCUGCAGGAGUUCUUGUUUCUAGCGCGGCAUCGAGUUCCUCUGCCGCUGCAGAAACCAGUGCAGGCAAGAAGAAGAUGAAGAAAAAGCAGUCUGCUAGUAGUACGACGAGUGCAAGAACAUCUUCUGUGACCGGCGCAGCUUCGUCCUCACAAACGAGCGAGCUGGCAACCAAGUUGAAAUUGAAAAGUAAGAAGAGCAAAACCAAAUCUUCCGCAACGAACUGUCUGCUCUAGCAGGACAUCGUGCAGCUUUGCAGCGAACGACAUUUGCUUCAAAAGUUAGAAGCUUGAACGCUUUUUGAGCGAAAAUGAAUAACAUCAUUAUUAAUGAAC